AACCACACCCUACCGGGAGAUCUCCCAGUCUCCGAGAGCUGCCCUGUCAAGCCCCUUGUUGCUGACAGGGUUGCUUCUCGGGAAGAGAAAUGAGAAAAGAGGUGAAAAGAGGCUGCCGAGUGCAUCCACCCCACAGAGCCCAGGGAACGACAGCCCCAGGCCCUGAGGCUUCUCUGCAAGGAUGGAGAAAGAAACCCAAAAGCCAAAUUCUUCAGGCCAAGAGGAAGCCCUGAAUACCUGCAGUGAUCCAGAGGAACAGUGCAAAUGGUCCUACAGAACCAAGUCAGACCAGAGAACAUCCCCCAAGGUGCGUGUUCUCCUCGCUCAGAGUGUGUUCCUGGGGAUCCUCAGCUUGAGCCUGGUCGUGGCAGUGACUGUUCUCAGUGUGAGACCCCCUUUCCGUGAGCCGGAAUUCUCCCACGUGUGCCCAGACACCUGGCCUGUUUUCCAAGGAAAAUGCUAUUAUUUUUCUGAGCCUGAGGGCAACUGGAGCACGGGCCGGGAAAGGUGUGAGGCCCUGGGAGCUUCCCUGGCCACCAUUAGCACGAGGGAUGAACUGGCCUUCCUUCUGCGCUAUAAAGGCGAAGCAAACCACUGGAUCGGGCUGGGAAUGAGGGAUAACGGCUGGGAGUGGAUCAAUGGCACGGCCUUGAAUGGCAGGUUAGAGGUGAGGGGUGUGGGGCCCUGUGGGUACCUCGAUGACUGGUGGAUCAGCUCAUCCCUGUGCCACAGGGAGAAGAACUGGAUCUGCAGCCGCCCUGACAACUUCGUCCUGUGGGAGGGGAAAUUAAGAGACCCCAAACUGGGACUUUCAGCCUAAAUCUCUGACCA